AUGACAAAAAUCAUAUUUCUUUUCUUCUUCUUCUUCGCAACCGUUUUUGCAAUCUUCCGCCCAUCUGAUUCCGAUGGAUCUUGUGAAGAUGAGUCAAGACACCACGGCGGUCAUGGUCACAAACACCAUCAUAGAGACGAUUCUAGUGAUGAGGGUGGUUACGGUGGAGGAGGAUAUCAAGACCCAGAGCCUCGUUGCCCUUCUGGAUGGCUGAAAUUCAAUCGUCCAACUGGUUUAUGGUGUGUAAAAGUGUUCAGUGGAGUUUUGACUCAACCAGAUGCAGAGACAGCUUGUCAAGCACAGGGAGCCACGUUGUCAGGGCUACAGGAUGAGAAUGAGAUUACGCAGAUUACAGCCCAAGCCCUUCCUCUCCUUCCAUCUCAAUCCAGCUUCUCCAUUUGGAUCGGUGCAAAACGAGCCGCCGCGUGCAAUCCAUGUACCCCUCUCACCUCUUUUCAAUGGACUGAUGGCUCCACUCAAGGCACUUCUGGAUUCCUUUGGAACCUUCUUCAACCGGAUAACAAUUUCGGAGGAACUCAAAGUUGUGUUGUCUUGUUGGCUUCUACUUCUCCCGUAAUCCGAGAUCAAUGGACAUGGAAUGCCAAUCGACUCGACGACGAGUCGUGUGUCGGUGAAAGGGGCGGAGCUUUGAGAGGUGUCAAAGCGUACGUUUGUGGAAAGAGGGGAGAAUAA